AUGAUAUCUGAUUUAACUGGUUUACCCUUUGCAAAUGCUUCAUUGUUAGAUGAAAGUACUGCUUGUGCAGAAGCUAUUGCUUUAGCUGUUCGUGUAACUAAAAGGAGAAGUUCGUUUUUAGUUUAA